AUGAGGAAUGAUCGAUGGAAACCAGGCACCGAAAUCGUUGCCGGAUUUUGCAUUCUUGGCCUGGCAACGCAAUAUCACCCUGAAGCAUUUCCGGCUCAGUGGCUCACUGGGAAAAAGAACGCCCGAACAGCAAGCGGCACGGCACGGCACGGCACUUCUCAUCUGGUUUACCGAGCUGAUACGUGA